AUGGAGCUCCCCUCGCGCCCACACUAUCCACCUGCGCAGCGGGAAGGCGGGCGAUCUAGCGAGGCGCAGAUCCGCCAGGAAGGGUCCCGCUUUGGCGCUACCCACGCUGCGAACAGAGCAGUGCUUGGCCGUAAUACUGCACAUAGCGGCACUAAAACGCUCGUGGUAUGGGGACUUGGCGGGGCGGGCAAGACCCAGCUAGUGCUCGACUACGUGCAGCAACAUCGCGACCAGUACAAGGCGACCUUCUGGAUCGAGGCAGAGCGCAAGGAGUCGCUAGAGCGCGACUUCGUCCGCCUAUACCAGACGCUAUUCGGCCUCUACACGUCUGCUGGGCAAGAGACAGCGAUUAGCGUAGAGGAUGCCGUGGCUAGAGUGAAGAGCUGGUUUGCGGGUCAGCGAGGCCGGUGGCUGAUAGUGUUUGACGGCGCCGACACGAUCGAGGACGAGAAGGCUGACGGGUACAUCAACAUCAAGCACUUCAUCCCUAGCACAGCGGCCCUAGACGUCAUCAUCAAGAGUCGAAGCAGCACGGCGAAGGACAUGACGCGGCUAGAGGGAGUGCAGGUAGGCGAGAUGGAGGCGGGGCAGGCCGCUGAGCUGUUCCAGAAGUACGCUAGGAUAUACUACAACGGAGUGAGUACUAAGGAUAAGGUGCUGUGCAUUGUCAAAGAGCUUAGGUGCCUGGCGCUAGCUAUCACGCUCGCUGCUACCUACGUCGGGCGGACGCCGCGGCUGCAGAGCAACAUUAAGGCGUACCUAUCAGAGUACAAAGAGCGACGGCGGGAGCUGCUCCAGCGCAAGCCUGAGAGCCUGGUGCACCAGUACAGCGAGAGCGUGCUGACGACGUGGGAGACGUCGUAUGCAGCCGUUGCCGGGCAGUGUGCAGAGGCAUCGAUGCUAAUGACGAUACUAUCCUUUCUAAGCUUCGAUGAUAUAUACCUCAAGCUUUUCUACACUAAUAUAGAAGCAAACAGCGAAGAACAAAUAAAGUACUCGCUAGUCUGGUGGAAGGCAGAGCAACAAGGCUAUGCGAUGCAUAAGCUGGUGCAUGCUUGGGGCUACGACCGGCUCGGCGCAGAGGAGCAGAGCAAGUAUAGUAAGGCAGCGUUUCAGCUCGUUAUAGAGGCGAUAGAGGGGUGUAGUCGCGAGCCAGAAGACAAGCUACGACUUGUGCCGCACGUGAUGGGAAGCUUUGCUGCGCUAACUACAGCGCAUGAUAUAGACGGAACUACUGAAGAUAUAAUUAAUGAGAUAGAAGGCGUGGUAUUUUUCAUAAAAGAUUUAGAAAGAUGGGCAGAAACGCUGUUAAUCGAGGAGUAUGUGCUGCAGGCACGAUGCAGACUGCUUGGCGAAGAGCAUCCUGACACUAUCUUGACGAUAGGCAACGUCGCCAUCACGCUUAGAGAGCAAGGUCAGCUAGAGAAAGCAGUGCAUAUGCAGAAGAAAGUGCUAGAGAAGAUUAUGCAGAUUGUUGGCGAAGACCAUCCUAACACUAUCUUGGCGACGGGCAAUCUCGCCAACAUGCUUAGAGAUCAAGGUCAGCUAGAAGAAGCGGCUAAGAUGGAGAGGGAGGUGCUAGAGAAGCGGAGGCGUAUGCUUGGCGAAGACCAUCCUGACACUAUCUCAGCGAUGGUCAAUCUCGCUAUCACGCUUGGAGAUCAAGUUCAGCUAGACGAUGUGGCCAAGAUGGAGGAGGAGGUGUUAGAAAAGAGGAGACGGAUCCUUGGCGAAGACGAUCCUCACACUAUCUUGGCGAUGAGCAACCUCGCCAUCACACUUGUAAGACAAGGACAGCUAGACGAGGCGGCUAAGAUAGAGAAAGAGGUGCUAGAGAAGAGGAGGCGGAUCUUUGGUGAAGAGCAUCUCUCUACCAUCUCGGCAAAGAUCAACCUCAGUAUUACCCUCAGACGGUUGAACUUGCAAGGUCAGGAGAAUUCCUAG